CAGGAGCAGCAGCCGCAGCAACAGCAGCAGACGCAGUCUAGAAACCUCUACCACCAACAUGAAGUGCCUGAUCGUCCUGAGUGCUGUUGUGGCUGUGGCCCUGGCCAAGCCCGGCUUCCUGGGGGCGGGCGUCGCCGCCCCCGCCUACGCCGCGGGCCUCGCUGCCGCCGUCCAACCCGCCCCUGUCUAUGUGGGCGGCAUCCACCCCGGCCUCGCCGCCUACGGUCCGGCUAACAUCGUCGUCGGUCCCGGCGGCUACAACCUGGACACCCCUGACGUGGCCGCCGCCAGGGGCGCCCACCUGGCCGCCGUCGCCCAGACGAGGGCCCGCGACGCCGCCAUCAACGGCGCCGCCCUCGCCGCCGCCUCCGCCGCCGCCUACGGCGCCUACGCCGCCCCCGCUGUGGUCGCCGCCCCCGCCGUCGCCGCCGUCGCUCCUGCGGCUGUCGCUGCUCCUGGCCUAUUGGCUGCUCCCGGAUCUCUGGCUGCGCUCAAGGCUGCCUACCACGGCUAAAGCAACUACGCUAGACGACGGUUAACACUGUGCAACGGAUCACCUCACCGAAUACUCAAAAGGGAGAAAGCAGUACGAACUGUAAAGUAAUCGUUUAUACUGUACAGAAAAAGGCAAAAGAUAAUAAAUUAUACUUUACAUUCUAA